AUGCCACAAAUUAGCACGAAUAAUAAUGACGAAAACGAAUAUAAAUUAAUUAGAUCAAAAGUAUUACAGCAGCAACAAUCAUCUACAUCUAUAAUAAAUACUACUACAACGACAACUACUACCAAUAUAUCUACUACAAAUCAAAAUUCUCAGGAUGAAAAUUAUCAACAACAACCAAUAGAUCAACAAAUAUCAUCAUCUACAGAUUCAACAGAACAUCUACAACAAGCUCAAUUACAAUCAGAAGUACAACUUCAACAACGUCAAUACUUAGGAGAUGUCUCCAAUCAAUUUAUAACAUCAAAUAAUUCAACUUCCCAAAAAAAUCAACAACCACCGCAACAGCAGCAACCAGCAUCUAAAAAGAGAAAACCCUUUGGUGGAGAUAUUGCUCCUUUACAUCAACAUAGAAAGCAACAACAAAUACCCAUAGCAACUGAUAAUAAUGAACAACCACAACAUCAACAACAACCAAAAUUAGAAAAAGGUUUUGAAAUAUCUAACUCGUCUUUACUCGUACCUUCAAGAUUACCACAAAAGAGACAAGCAACUGAAUCACUGACUAAUUUAGUUGAAAAAUUGAAAAUACCCGAAAAUAACAAUCAAUUCUUAACUAAUCAAAAUAAAAAAUCGAAAUUGAUAGAUUAUGAAUGGCAAGAUUUAGAUGAAGAAGAUAUUGAUGAUCCAUUAAUGGCACUGGAAUAUGUUAAUGAUAUUUUCACAUAUUUUUAUGAAUUAGAAUCGAGAAUGUUGCCCGAUUCACAAUAUUUAUAUAAACAAAAACAUUUAAAACCAAAAAUGAGAUCAAUUUUAGUUGAUUGGUUGGUUGAGAUGCAUUUAAAAUUCAAAUUAUUACCAGAAUCUUUAUUUUUAGCUAUAAAUAUAAUGGAUAGAUUUAUGUCUAUUGAAGAUGUUCAAGUUGAUAAAUUACAAUUAUUAGCAACUGCUUCAUUAUUUAUAGCUGCUAAAUAUGAAGAGGUAUUUUCUCCAUCUGUUAAAAAUUAUGCAUAUUUUACCGAUGGUGGUUUUACAGAAGAAGAAAUUUUACAAGCUGAAAAAUAUGUAUUAACAAUUUUAAAUUUUGAUUUGAAUUAUCCAAAUCCAAUGAAUUUUCUUAGAAGAAUUUCAAAAGCUGAUGAUUAUGAUGUACAAACAAGAACUUUGGGGAAAUAUUUAUUAGAAAUUACAAUAAUUGAUUAUAAAUUUAUUGGUAUGAAACCAAGUUUAUGUUGUGCAAGUGCAAUGUAUUUAUCAAGAUUAAUGAUGGGAAGAAUUCCAAUAUGGAAUGGUAAUUUAAUACAUUAUUCUGGUGGUUAUAGAAUACAAGAUAUGCAACCAUGUAUACAAUUGAUGUUUUCAUAUUUAAUUGCACCGAUUGAACAUGAUGAAUUUUUUAAAAAAUAUGCAAUGAGAAAAUUUAUGAAAGCAAGUACUUAUUGUAGAGCGUGGGCAAAGAAAUUUCAUUCUGAAGGUAAAGAUUUAUUUGAUGAAUCAUUAUCAACUCAUCGAUUACAAAUUGAGGAAUGA